AUGGCGUCUUCCGUCUUUUUCAAGUUCAAGUCGCAAAAGGAACCGACGCGAGUCGAGUUCGACGGCACUGGUAUUUCUGUGUUCGAGCUGAAGCGCGAUAUCAUCUUGAAGAGCGGACUCGGCGACGGUACCGACUUUGAUUUGGCCAUUUACUCCGAAGAUGGAAGUGAAGAAUAUGAUGAUGACACGACAAUCAUUCCCCGAUCAACGACCGUUGUCGCCCGCCGACUACCGGCUGCGAAGCCCGGCGCUGGCCGUGGCGCGAGAUACGUCUCUGGCAAGAUGCCCGUCGCCGCAAAGAACUCGUCUCGCAAGGAACAGACGACCAAGACGGCGACUGCCAAGGCGGCCUCGAAUGCCAUCAGCCAGAUGAACAAUGCCAUGACUGAGGAGGAGAAAAUGGCGGCCAUGUUCCAGGCUCAGACCGAGUCUUGGUCUGCUCAGCAGGAGGAAAUGUCACAUCAAACACCGGUCUUCAAGCCUGGAUCUAAGAAGCCAGCGAAUGUGCCCGACCAUGACCCUCCCAACGGAUACAUCUGCUAUCGCUGCGGAGAGAAGGGGCACUGGAUUCAGCUGUGCCCCACAAACGAUGAUCCAGAGUUCGACAACCGUCCGCGUGUAAAGCGGACUACUGGUAUCCCGCGGUCGUUCCUGCGCACAGUCGACAAGUCUGUCGCCUUGGCCCAGAGCGGCGACGACGAGUCCAAGAGGCCAUCAGGCAUCAUGGUCAACGCAGAGGGAGAAUUCGUUAUCGCUGAGCCUGACAAGGCGUCGUGGGAACAAUUCCAAGCCAAGGCGAAGUCUUCAGCCUCCGCUGCCAAGGCAAUUGCUAUGGGAGACAAGGAGCUGCAGGAGAAGGGAUUGGAAUGCCCCAUCGACAAGAAGAUGUUCAUAGACCCAAUGAAGACCCCGUGCUGCCAGAAGACGUAUUGUAAUGAUUGCAUUACGAAUGCUCUCAUCGAAUCGGACUUCGUCUGCCCCAACUGUUCUAACGAGGGCGUUCUAAUCGACGACCUGAAAGCUGAUGAGGAGGCUGCCGACAAGAUCAAGGACUUCCUCAAGGAGAAGAUCGAGGUCAAGAGCCCGACCGCAACCGCUGCCUCGCCGGUCCAACCCGCUUCGCCGAAGGAGGGCGCGAAAGAGAAUGCGGAGGAGGCGAAACCAGAAACCGCAGACGGAACCGCAGAGUCACCCACGCCAAAGAAGUCACCCUCCACCGCUCCCGCUACCGCCGCAGGCCCGGUCGACGGAACACCCAAGUCACCAUCAGCAACACCCGCAACUGCUCCAGCCAAGCCAGCAGCCGAGCGCGCCGGGUCUGAGGAGUCAACCAAUUCCAAGAAACGUCCCGCCGACGAAUUGAUGGAGAACCCCAAGAUUCCGAAAGCACCCAAGGCGAUGCAGAAGCAGCAAGAACAACAAGCAAUGAUGAACGGCAUGAACGGCAUGGGCAACAUGAACAUGAACCCGAUGAUGGGCUUCAACAACAUGAACAUGAUGAACGGUUUCAUGGGCAUGCCCAACAUGCCUAACAUGCCGAACAUGGGCAACAUGAACAUGGGUAUGCCGAUGAUGGGCAUGAUGAACCCCAUGAUGGGUAUGCCCGGAUUCAACCCCAUGAACGGCGGCUUCGACAUGGGCAACAACAACAUGUACGGAGGUAACUUCGGCGGCAACAUGAACGGCAUGAACGGCAUGAAUGGCAUGAAUGGCAUGAAUGGUAUGAAUGGUGGAAUAAACGGUGGAAUGAAUGGCGGUGGCAUGAACGGAAUGAACGGUGGCGGAAUGGGAGGCGCCUUCAAUCAACAGCAACGCCACAACUUCACUCAGCCCAGCAAUGACGAAGACGCGUACUUUAGGAGGCCCGUCAACCCUCACCGUCAUCAGAACCGCCAACGACGCGUGCGACCCAGCGACUACCGGGAGCUUUGA